AUGAACGUGCAGUUUCAGACUGUGCCCAAUUCCACCAUGGUAACUGAGUUUCUCCUGGAGGUUUUUGCUGAGACAUGGGAGCUCAGGCUCCUGGUAAGCAUGCUCUUCCUGCUGAUGUUCCUGGGCAGCCUGAUAGGAAACUUUACCAUCACCAUGGUUACCACCAUUGACCAGAACCUCCAUACACCCAUGUACUUCUUCCUCAGAAAUCUGUCCAUCUUAGACAUGUGCUAUAUUUCUAUCACCGUCCCCAAUGCCUGUCUCAACACUCUCACUGAAAACAGGGGCAUUUCUGUGGCUGGGUGUGCUGCACAGAUGUUUUUAGUCAUUUUUUGUGCCAGUGUAGAGGUUCUAUUUCUCACCAUAAUGGCACACGACCGCUAUGCAGCCAUCUGCAAGCCUCUCCUCUAUCCUGUUAUCAUGAACCACCAAUUCUGUGUUCAGAUGACUCUGGCUUCCCUACUCAUUGGUCUUGUGAUAGCAGGUUCACACACUGCUAAAACAUUCCAGCUGUCCUUCUGUCACUCUAACUUGGUCCCGCAGUUCUUCUGUGAUGUCCCCUCCCUGCUGAGGCUCUCUUGCUCGGACACCUUUAACAAUGAACUCCUAAUUCUUCUAACGGCCAUCAUCAUUAGUGGUAGCUGCUUUAUCUUCAUUGUUGUAUCAUAUAUUCACAUAUUUAUAACUGUGUUGAAAUUUAAUCUCAAAGAAGAGAGAGGAAAGGCAUUUUCCACCUGUGUCCCUCACAUUAUUGUGGUGUCUAUGUUCUUUAGCUCUGGUGCAUGUGUAUAUCUAAGACCUCCAGUCAUCACAGAAGUAAUUCAAGAUAUGAUUCUGUCUGUACUUUAUACCAUUGUUCCUCCUUUCUUAAAUCCUGUCAUCUACAGUCUGAGAAACAAACAGAUAAAGGAAGCUAUAAGGAAAAUAAGGUUCUUCCUUCAUGCAUGUUUGAAAUUUGGUUGUCUUGAUCUCUUGUAG